AUGAGCUCAUCGUCACAACUGGAUCCGAUGACAUCAGAGUCGGAUGCCAGGCACACCAAGAAGGUCCGCAUGAGAGAUGAGGAAGAAGCCCCAUUCCACUCCAACGCAUGGACCUCUGGAGGAGUCUCUUUCAGGGACAAGAGUUUAUUGACCGAAUCGAGAAGCCCUGAGAAGCUCUCUGGUAGUGAAGCUCCUGGGAACAGCGAUCAGCUGCAAAUCGAUGUGCUCAAGACUCGAGAACCUAUGGAAGCCAGCGGGGAUCCUAAGUACAUUCAGCAGCUUUCAUGCAUUCGCCGACCUGACAUCGACCGUAACAAUUUUGAGUUUCAACUGGAAUUCAUCAAUAUGCUGAGCUCAUCGGCUUUCAGGGGCAGAACUAAUGAAGAUCCGAUCCCUCACUUGACUCGAUUCAAGCUACUAUGCAAGUCGGUGAUGACAGUCCGCGGAGUUACCGAUGAGUCUCUCAUGCUCAUGGCCUUUCCAUUCUCCUUAAUGGAUACUGCUCUGGAAUGGCUCUACAUACUACCUCCAGAUUCCAUAUUCUCAUGGGAACAGCAGCGGUUCUUCCCCGCUAGCAAGACCCAGCUCGCAAAACAACAGAUUAACUCAUUUUUGCAGGAACUUGAUGAAUCCUUAUGUGAAGCUUGGGAUCGCUUUCAAGGAUACCAGAGAACAUGUCCUCACCAUGGAUGGGAUAAAAGGUACCUUAUUUCCACUUUCUUGCAGGGAUUAAAGGAGGACAUUCGGGUUCUUAUUCGAGUAGUAUGUGGAGGAAGCCUCAACGAAAAGUCAUUCGACUUCAUAGAGCAACAAAUCAACAAGAUGACCAACGAAUGUGCUCCCUCUCACGAGUUUAUCAGAAACGUUAGCCUCAAAGACAGUCGUGCAGGUAAGGAAAGUCUAUCUAAAAUUCAAGCAUUACGUUCAGAAUUGGCAAAACUUAAAAUCCAGGUUGAGAAUGCCCAUCAGAUCUCAGACUUAGACACAUCAGCCAACGGGUACAUGAUCGAAGACAUCUACUACAUAGAUAAUAAUCUGUACUCGAACGUGUCCAAUUCGGGGUGGAGGAAUCAUCCAAACUUCUCGUACAAGAAUUCUUCCAACAUCUUGAAUACUCCCCAUGGAAAUUUCAGUGGUCCGUCUAAUCAAGGUCUUUCUCAAGAACAUCAACCUCGAUCUCGUGCUCUCCCACAACAUCAGAAUCAGGCCGUUCAACACUACCUAGCACCUCUUCAAUCUCAUCAAAAAAACGCUCCAUCUCCGCCUCCACCACAGGUAGAUUUUGACCUCGAUCUUAAGUCUAUAUUCGCACAGCUUAUGCAGGCUCAAGAGGUCAUUCGCACCGAGAUGCGUGAACAUCAACAGAAGACCGACGCCCAUUUCAAGCUUGUCGAUAACCAGAUAGCUCAACUCGCAGCCUCUAUACCUUCGCGACCUCAAGGAUCACUUCCCGGAAAACCCGAGACAAAUCUUAGAGAGCACUGCAAUGCAGUGUUCUUGAGAAGUGGGAAGCAACUUGGGGAUGUCUUCCCCUCUACUCCUGAAAAAGGUGAGUAUUCUAACUCUAGAUCUGCGAUCACCUCUAACAUUCAGUUUGCAGAUACUUCAAUUAAGAUGACGUGUGAAGAAGAACCAAAGUAUGUAUUUCCAUAUCCCAGACCUCCUCCGGUUCCAUUCCCUUCACGACUUGUGCAACACAAAGAGGCCAGUCAAUUUAAGCGCUUCACGGACAUGAUAAAGCAACUGGAGGUCACAAUGCCUUUUCAUGAGGUAAUCACUCAAAUGCCCUCUUAUGCCAAAUUUCUCAAGGAUAUUCUGGCUAGGAAGAAGACAAUGGAGAAGGAGACAGUAGCAUUAACCAAAGAGUGCAGUGCCGUUUUUCAGCACGAUCUGCCCCGUAAGAUGGCAGACCCAGGUAGUUUCUUCAUUCCUUGCAAAAUGGGCAAUCUCUUUAUUGAACAGGCGCUAUGUGAUCUAGGAGCAAGCGUAAGCCUAAUGCCAUUGUCGAUCUUUAAGAGACUAGAUGUGGGUGAACUCAAACCCACACAAAUGAUAUUACACUUGGCAGAUAGCUCAACCAAACGACCUGCAGGUAUACUAGAGGACAUGCCACUUAAGGUGGGUAAUUAUUACAUACCUGUCGAUUUUGUGGUUCUUGACAUGGAUGCAGAUUCAAGCAUGCCUAUUAAGAGACUAGAUGUGGGUGAACUCAAACCCACACAAAUGAUAUUACACUUGGCAGAUAGCUCAACCAAACGACCUGCAGGUAUACUAGAGGACAUGCCACUUAAGGUGGGUAAUUAUUACAUACCUGUCGAUUUUGUGGUUCUUGACAUGGAUGCAGAUUCAAGCAUGCCUAUCAUUUUAGGGCGUCCCUUUCUCAACACAGCAGAUGUCAUCAUCCACGUCAGAGCGGGUCGUCUUACUAUGUCCAUUGGAGACGAGACAAUAUAA